AUGGCUACGUCACGUAUUCUUGACGAAGUGUUAUCGCCGGAGGGGCGCUCGGAUAUUUUGAAGUGGUGGAUGUUGAUGCCGUCAGACGUGAUUGGUGAGCUUUCAUUCGGCGAGUCGUUUGGGCUCCUGAAGCUCGGAAAGCAAAGCCACUAUAUCGAGGUUCUAGAGGCUGCAGCCCUGGGAACAACACUGCAAUAUGAGCUUCCUUGGCUUUUUCGGAUGAUAAGACAUAUCCCGCUCCAGCCUAUCCAGAUCUUGAUCAAUGCGGGCGGUAUGGUAAACUACUACGGACGUCGCGCUGUCGCAAAUCUCUAUCAGAAUAACGAUAACAAGGCAAACCUCUUCGCCAAUAUGCUCGCACUGAGCGAAAAGGAUGAGAAGUCAUACUUGGACGACGAAAGUAUCAUCAAGGAAGCCAGCAAUUUCAUCUUGGCCGGAGCUGACACAACAUCAAAUACCCUCACCUUCCUGGUCUGGUCGGUGCUCAAGCAGCCGGCUCUUCAGGAGAGGCUCGUGAGUGAAUUAGCUUCGGUCGGAGAGGACUUCAGCGAUGCAGAUUUGGAGAGGCUCCCCGUGCUCAACGCCACUAUUGAAGAGACUUUGCGGCUUUAUGGGGCUGUGCCUGGAAAUCUGUCACGCCUAGUGCCUAUGGGUGGCGCCCCGCUGGGCCCUUAUCUCAUACCUAGUGGCUGCGAAGUCGAAACGCAGGCAUACACGCCACACAGAGAUCCUGGUGUGUUCCCUAACCCGCUUCAGUAA